AUGAUACCCAAUGACUAUUCCCAACUUCACAUGAUAAAGCAAUCACCAACGGGGGAAAAGAUAGAGAGAAGCCAUACAGGAGUAAGAUUGGAGGCCUGCUGGGAGCACAAAACCAAAGAUCGACCAAGGACGCCAUGGGAGAUGAGCUUCGUAAGACAGAGAAGGUAGCACCACCCUUGAAGCCACACUUUGUGCUGGUGCAUGGUAUAAGUGGGGGAGGUUGGUGCUGGUACAAAAUCAGGUCCCUCAUGGAGAAUUCCGGUUUCAGGGUUUCGUGUAUUGACCUUAAAAGCGCCGGAAUAGAUCAAACCGAUCCCGAUUCCCUUCUUUCUUUCGAUGAUUACAAUAAGCCACUCAUGAACUUCAUGUCUAGUUUGCCCGAUGAUGAACAGGUUAUCUUAGUGGGACAUAGUGCCGGAGGACUGAGUGUAACUCAGGCUACACAUAAGUUUGCAAAGAAAAUCUGCCUAGCGGUGUAUGUGGCAGCAACCAUGCUCAAAUCGGGCUUCCUGACAGAUGAAGACGUCAAAAUUGGAGUACCCGAUCUAUCUGAAUUUGGGGAUGUUUACGAAUUAGGAUUUGGAUUGGGUCCGGAUCAACAUCCAACAAGUGCCCUUGUCAAGCAGGAGUUUCAACGGAAAAUCAUCUACCAUUUGAGCCCCCGAGAGGAUUCAACCCUAGCUGGGAUGCUUUUGAAGCCCGGACCACUCAAAGCAUUACUCACUGCUCGUUUUACAGGAGAUCAUAACAUAGAUAAGGUGCCGCGGAUCUACAUUAAGACUGCGCACGAUCGAGUGGUGAAACCGGAACAACAAGAUGCAAUGAUAAAAAGGUGGCCACCAUCCCAUGUGUAUGUUUUGGAUAGCGAUCACAGCCCCUUCUUCUCUACACCGUUUCUGCUCUUCGGCUUCCUUCUCAAGGCUUUAGCUUCUUUUGGUUAAUUUCAGUGUUUGACAUAUAUAUAUACACAUACAUAUAUACUAAGCCGAUAAUAACGUGCAAAGCACAUUUAUCUAGUAGGGUGAACACGUUUUUAAUAAAAUAAUUUGCUUCUCAUAAAAAAUUUAUUAGAGAACA